AUGGGUCAAGUCAUGAGCGCCUCCGUUCCGCCCAUGUUGGGAUCCAUCAUGCAAGAUUUGCACGUUGGUGCUACCGAAGCAUCCCAACUGGCCAGUUGGGCCGUUCUCGCUCUUGGUUUCGGUAAUGUAUGGUCUGUGCCCAUGGUUGCUCAUAUCGGUGGCAGGUACACCAUGCUCUUCGGACUUUCAAUCUUUACGGCUUCUUUCUUCUGGCAGGCUGGCGCGCAGACUUACGAGUCUCUCCUUGCUGCCCGCGUCGUGGGCGGCCUGGGAGGCGGUGUAGUCGAGUCGAUGGGUCCCAUGAUCGUCGUCAUGCUGUUCCCACAGGAAUUCAUUGGCCGUGCAAUGAGCGUUUACACCAUGGCACUCGGCGCUGGCUCCGUCUUCGGCCCCCUUUUUGCCGGCUACAUGAUUGAGGGACUCGGCAACUGGCGAUACCCUCAGUAUCUGUUCGGCGCCAUGUCGGCCAUAAAUAUCGUCGGCUGCCUCGUCAUGUUUCCCGAGCCGGUCAGCAAUAUACGCAUCGCCGGUGAGCCGAGCCUGGCAGACGUAUCUGGCGGCAGGCCCGAUACCAAUGAGCUGGAGAUGGUUGGCUCCAAAGAUGUCAUUUACAGCGAGCAGCAAGAAUUCCCCGCAACACCCACGGGAGUGAAGAUUCUUCUGACCUCCUGGACGAAUCUUUGGGCACGCCGAUCGUUUUUCGUCCGCUUCUCACACCACCAUCCAACCGCUGGUUGGUUGGUAAUGCUCCUCUCGCCGUACCGACUCCUCGCUAUGCCUGCUGUUAUAGUCACCGUUCUAAGCUUUGGUGUUUCUAUCUCGUCGACCAUCGCCAUCUCCGUCCUUGUCUCCCUGACGUUCGCGCAGCCCCCGCUGUUGUGGUCCACCGGUCUUAUCGGCUUGUUCAACCUCAGCGUCCUCGUUGGCCUCUGCGCCGGCACCCUUAUCGGCGGCAUGUUGGCCGACAAAAUGGUGCUUCGGUUCAGCAGACGCAACGGAUACCACAAGCCCGAAGCGGCGUUGCCGCUCAUGGUGCCCUUGGCCAUCUCCCCGCCUCUUUCCAUCGCCUGGGUUGGUUACGGGCUUGCGAACCAGUGGCACUGGGCCAUCAUUGGCGUGCUCUGGGCCCUCGUCAACGUCAACCUCACGGGCGGCUGUACCAUUCUAAUCUCGUAUGCGACCAACAUUUACCCGGAGAAGGCCAUCGAUAUUGGCGUCGUCGUCAACGUUGUCAAGGCUGCCAUAGCCGCCGGUAUCUCUUUUGGCACCGUUGAUUGGUGGACUAUUGACGGCUGGUACAUGUUCCUUGCGCUGGCUAUGAUCAUGUUGUCCAUCUUUCUCGGCGUGAUACCUCUGUGGCUCUACGGCCCUAAGAUCACGAGUAAGACGAGGUCGUGGAGUUGGUAUCAGGUGUAUAACGUGAACUAA